AUGGAAAAUAUACCAAAUAAUUCUAUUUCAACACUCAUUAAUCAAAUAUUUUUUCAUUUAACGGGUUUCGAGUGUAAAGAUCAAUCAAUUAUCAGAGUUAACAAUGAAAAGUUAUCUGUAAAUGGAGACUUGUAUUUUCUACCUAGCCUCAAAUUAUGGAAAACCGUUUUAGUGGAUAAAUUAAAUUGCAAUGAAAAUUGUACUAAUAUUUUGCAACAUUGCGCAGACAUUAGACAUAAUGAGUUAAAACAAAUGGAAAAGAUUAAUACUAACGAAAAGGUUUUUCAAUCACUCAUUUUAGCUAGUAAAACUUGGAAUUUAAAGAUAACAAAAUGUACUUUACAAAACGAACGAGUUUGCCUAUUUUUGGAAAGACCAUCUGUUAUAAAAACUAUUAUAAAUACGGUCAUUGAAAAAGGACGAUCGUUUGGAAGAAAUGCAUCUACAAAUGAAAAUAUUUGCCUAACAUUUCUUCCAGAUGAACAAUCAGAAUUAACUAGCAUGAGAUUACAAUUAAUAAAGAAUAUCAGUGAAAGAAUUUUGGAUUUGCAAGGAUAUUGCGUAUGCAAGAAAGUUUGUCCUAAUGCUAUUAUGUUAAGCAGUAAGUCUCAUAUAGAAACAACUGAAGAUUGUAAAAGAUACGUGUGUGGUGUGGUUAAAAAUUCUGAAACAAAUACGAAAGAAACAACAUUAACUUGGAGGAAAUAUGUAUAUAAUAAAAUGGAGACAAUAAUAGAGCUAAAUGAUCAAAAAUAUCUUCACACAAAGAAGCAAGAUAUUAAUGAUGAUCCUUUCAUUCGAAAUAUGGCAGAGGCUACUAUCAGUUUCGAGUUACUGGCUAUUAAACCCAGUCGUUCUGUUUGCAUUAAUAUUCAUACAAGUGGAGACAGAAGUCUUACCAAUACGAAAGGUAUACCUUUCAUAUUAUACAAUACUGCUAGAAUAGCUGCGAUUAUAAAAAAAUAUAAUGAAGGUAUAUCCAACGGAGAGUAUCCAGAAUUAACAAAUGUCGAGGCUGUAGAUUUUUCUGUUUUAGACGAUGAGGAUGAAUGGGAACUCAUUUAUAACUUUAUAAUGGGUUAUUCUCAAGCCAUAGAAAACAGUAUCAAGCAUAAACCCACUUUUCAAAUUUGUCCACAAGUUAUAUGCAUGUUUUUAUCACGUCUAUGUCAAAAGUUUAGUAUUUAUUAUAGAAGAAUUAAAAUAUUAACGGAGGGAUAUAAGCAUUUAUAUUCAAAGUUAAUAGCAAGAAUUUACAUGCUAAAAGCAUUGGAAAUUAUUUUACAAAAUACUCUUGCAAUAUUCAAUAUAGAAUCCGUUUCUGAAAUGUAAGAAUUCUUGGAUGGAGUAUUCGCCGGUCGAAUAACUUGUAUUAAUUUUAAUCAAUUUAACAAUCACGUUAUUUUAUACGAGUUAAAAAAAAUAAAAGAUAAUAUUGUGGAAGCAUUAAAA